GCUGAACUUAAAAGUCGAUAAUCGAUAAUCGUCGAUGCAAAAACAGACACCAGAGAGUGAAUUAAUGUUUUUUUGUUUAUUUCAAGAAAAUGGCAUUUCAACAUCGUUUGCAUCAAAUUCGACGUCAAAUUGAUACUCUGAAAAUAUUUAACGACAAUGUCGUUGAAGUCUCAGAGCUGGCGGAAUUUUGCGUUCAUUUUGAGUCGGGUGGUCGCAAUUUUAUGCUGACUGUUUUGUUGGGCUUGAAUUUUCCUAACGAACGCCCCAAACUGAUCAUUUCUCCCAUUAUCCAGCAUCACUGGGUGAAUCCAGCGACAGGAGAAAUCGAAUCAGCUCCAGGUCUAGUAAAUUAUUCGCCACAUUCCGAUUUAGGACGUGUCGUCCAGGCUGUCAUACGAGAAUUCGAACGCUUUCCGCCACAAGUUAUUAAAUCGCAAAGUCCAAAUCCAGCCAACAGCGCCAAUUCAGCACAAGUAAAUGUUCCCCACUCUCAUCAUUAUCCUCCCUUGCAAAUGGCCAAAUCUCUAGACAGCGGUACUAGUAGCGGUGCUUCCAACAGUGCCAACAGCAGCAAAGAAACUUCACCCCACGAUCCGAUCAAGUUGUCAUCUCCCCGGCUUAAUGAUACAAGUUUUCCCAACUUGUCCACACUUUCGUUGGACGAGCUGAAACAACUAGAUAAUGAUCCGGAGUUUUUCGACGACUUUAUCGAGGAGAUGUCCGUUGUUCAGCAACUCAACGAAGAACUAGACUCGAUGAUAAAUCAAGUUGAGAACAUUUCAAAAGAAAACGAGUCCAAAGAAACGCACCUUGUCGAGCUCAAACGCAAGUUAAGCGAUGAUGUGACAACCUUAAAACAUUUGGGGGAAAAGUGCGAUGAACUAAACAAGAAGUAUUUGAAAAAGACUGAGGAAUACAAUCCUCAGCACAUCAGAGAGCUAUUACAGAUUGCCGCUUCAAAUGCUGACACUGAAUGUGAGCGGCAUGUUGAGCAAUUCUUAAAUGGCAAAAUCGAUGUACAGACCUUUUUGCAAAACUACACACACUCGAAGAAACUUAGCUCAGAGCGAAAGGCAAAAGAGGAGCGAUUGGGACAACAAUUGUCGGCACUGGAGAGGGCUGGAAUCUGAGGAAGAGUGCAAUGAUUCUUGGGUUGAAUAGUUUAAAUGCUUACCCUUGUGUCCACUGAAGGAAAGGGCCAAAGGGGAAACUAAUACACAUGUAUCUCAGUAAUAACUAAAAAGUUCAAGCCUGGAGCUGAACACAAUUGCUUUCCAUCCUUCUAUCCUAUUAGCCUAAUUUUAAGCAGAGCAGUUGCUACUUUUAUGUUUUAGAAUUAUGUAUGAAUGUUUCUCUUUUUCUGUUUAUUGUUUUGUUAAAAUUUAAUGAAAGCAACAUCAAAGUUUUUCUCAGUCUAUGCAGCAGCAGCCCACAUGAAAAUGUUUGUAUGUACGAGUUGUUAAAUCUAAGGUCUUUCUAGUUUAUUAUUGUAUUAAAAUUUGUUUAUUU